UUUCCCUUGUGAACAGUGUCGGCUACAGCCUUUUACAAAGCCCAGCCUGUGAUCCAGUUCAUGUGCGAGGUCCUCGACAUUCACAACAUCGACGAACAGCCAAGACCUCUCACCGAUUCUCACCGGGUCAAAUUCACCAAAGAGAUUAAAGGUCUGAAGGUUGAGGUGACGCACUGUGGAACGAUGAGGAGAAAGUACCGCGUGUGCAACGUGACCCGGAGGCCAGCAAGCCAUCAAACGUUUCCUUUGCAAUUGGAGAACGGUCAGACAGUGGAGCGGACUGUGGCUCAGUACUUCAGAGAGAAGUACAGCCUACAGCUCAAGUACCCGCACCUGCCCUGCCUGCAGGUGGGCCAGGAGCAGAAGCACACCUACCUGCCCCUGGAGGUGUGUAACAUCGUAGCGGGGCAGCGCUGUAUCAAGAAAUUGACGGAUAAUCAGACUUCCACCAUGAUCAAAGCGACCGCGCGCUCAGCACCCGACAGGCAGGAGGAGAUCAGCAGGCUGGUGCGGAGUGCGAACUAUGAUGCCGACCCCUUCGUGCAGGAGUUCCAGUUCAAGGUGCGGGACGAGAUGGCCCAUGUGACGGGGCGCGUGUUGCCUGCGCCCAUGCUGCAGUACGGGGGCAGGGUGAGCACAGAACACUUUAUGAACCGGACAGUGGCCACGCCCAGCCACGGGGUGUGGGACAUGCGGGGGAAGCAGUUCCACACCGGAGUGGAGAUCAAGAUGUGGGCGAUCGCCUGCUUCGCCACGCAGAGACAGUGCCGAGAGGAGAUACUGAAGGGCUUCACUGACCAGCUGCGCAAGAUCUCCAAGGACGCGGGGAUGCCUAUCCAGGGCCAGCCCUGCUUCUGUAAAUACGCGCAGGGCGCUGAUAGCGUGGAGCCCAUGUUCCGCCACCUGAAAAACACCUACUCAGGGCUGCAGCUCAUCAUAGUCAUCCUGCCCGGGAAAACGCCUGUCUACGCGGAGGUGAAGCGUGUGGGAGACACUCUCCUGGGAAUGGCCACUCAGUGUGUUCAGGUGAAGAAUGUGGUGAAGACCUCCCCCCAGACCCUCUCCAACCUCUGCCUGAAAAUCAACGUCAAGCUGGGGGGGAUCAACAACAUCCUGGUCCCGCACCAGCGCCCCUCUGUGUUCCAGCAGCCUGUGAUCUUCCUGGGGGCGGACGUCACGCACCCCCCUGCUGGUGACGGGAAGAAGCCCUCGAUCGCUGCGGUGGUGGGGAGCAUGGACGCUCACCCCAGUCGAUACUGUGCCACGGUGAGAGUGCAGCGCCCCCGGCAGGAGAUCAUCCAGGACCUGGCCUCCAUGGUGCGGGAGCUGCUCAUCCAGUUCUACAAGUCGACCCGCUACAAGCCCACCAGGAUCAUCUUCUACAGAGACGGGGUGUCAGAGGGGCAGUUCAGACAGGUGCUGUACUAUGAGCUGCUUGCAAUCCGGGAGGCCUGUAUUAGCCUGGAGAAGGAGUACCAGCCUGGCAUCACCUACAUCGUGGUACAGAAGCGCCACCACACCCGGCUCUUCUGUGCUGACCGGAACGAGAGGGUUGGUAGAAGUGGAAACAUUCCUGCUGGAACCACUGUGGACACGGACAUCACUCACCCUUACGAGUUCGACUUCUACCUGUGCAGCCACGCUGGAAUCCAGGGCACCAGCCGCCCCUCUCACUACCACGUGUUGUGGGAUGACAACUGCUUUACUGCGGAUGAGUUCCAGCUCCUCACUUACCAGCUGUGUCACACGUAUGUGCGCUGCACCCGCUCCGUCUCCAUCCCCGCGCCCGCUUACUACGCACAUCUGGUGGCUUUCAGAGCACGAUACCACCUGGUGGACAAGGAGCACGACAGUGCGGAAGGCAGUCAUGUUUCUGGGCAGAGUAACGGCCGGGACCCCCAGGCUCUUGCCAAGGCCGUGCAGAUUCACCACGACACCUUACGCACCAUGUACUUCGCCUGAGAGAGAGGGAAAGAAUGAAAGCGCAAAGGGGCCACCAGCCCUCGCAGGAAUCCAAAAACAAGCCACACACAGCCUAUGUUUCCAGGAGGGUGGGGUUAAGGGGUCGGCUCACUGUCACUGUGCAGACUAGUGGAGAUGAGCGCACUGCCUCUGGAAAGGAACUCAGUACUAUUAUGCAAUAUCAAACCAGCCAGCCGCUUGCAGCGCUCCCCCCUCCUCCGUGUCUCUGCCCGCAGGGGGCGCCGCUCCUCCUCCUGUCUGACUUGUGGUUUUUAUUUUGUUUGUUUGUUUUCCGGUCCCUCUUUCUUUUCUUUUGCCUCAAGCUGUUUGGCAGCACGACUCACUAUGAAGAGAAAGAAAGGAAAGAUGACAAGGUUUCAGAACCGUGGAGACUGUAGGCUGCUGGUUUUUUUUUUUCUAGCAGAGGAGCGCGAAUGCUGGGGCUGCAGCACUUUAACUUAAUAAUGGAGAAAGUGUCUUGAAUUGAUUGCUGUGCUGUGAUCCUCACAGCAGCCUGCACGGGACAGCAAGAAUAUCAAACCCACAGUGUAAGAGCACUGCUGUAUCCCUCGUCUGCACUGUGUUCCUCACAGCAGCCUGCACGGGACAGCAAGAAUACCAAACCCACAGUGUAAGAGCACUGCUGUAUCCCUCAUCUGCACUGUGUUCCUCACAGCAGCCUGCACGGGACAGCAAGAAUACCAAACCCACAGUGUAAGAGCACUGCUGUAUCCCUCGUCUGCACUGUGUUCCUCACAGCAGCCUGCACGGGACAGCAAGAAUACCAAACCCACAGUGUAACAGCACUGCUGUACCCUUUGCCAACACUGCGCUCUGCUCCAGUGGCCGAGCGUUACACCCUAAGCUUCUUGAUUUCUUAUUUGAAUGAGAGUGCCGCUCACAGCAGACCUGUAGGAGUCGAGCUGGGCUUCAGACAAGGCUCCCAGUUGUAUUGUUGGGAGCACAGUGCCACCCGCAGGCCUCCAGUAUGUAAGUGCUGUUCAUGAGAGCCACUGAAGUGCUUGUGAGGAGCGCAGCGUGCGGACUCUGUAGCAGCGCUCCUGUGUAGCGCCGUGGCUGCUCGGCGGGCAGAGUGCUUUCUCCAGUUCUGCUGCGUCACACUGCAACGCUUCCACUUGCUGGGAGCUUUCAUCUUCUGCAAGUCAACAGGAGUUUUGUUUUAAUUGUAUUGAUGUUUUAAGCUUUCUUUUUGUUUUUCUUAGUAUUUAUUAGAAUUGUUAAGCCUAAUAAUUUAAUAAUAUUAGUUAGCAGCAACUCUUUUAAUUUUAUGUUAAUUUUCUGGAUGUUGUUCUCCCAUCUUCACUAAACUGACAGCUUGUGAUGUUGCUUUUUUUUUUUUUUAGUGCAAUAAAUUAGUGUUCAAAUUCCA